UGUAGAUAUAAAAACGCAAAACGAUAAAGGCGGUUGAAGAAGACAACACAAUCUCAAGAGAAGCCAUGGCAGGAGUAGGACCUAUGACUCAGGACUGGGAGCCCGUGGUGAUCCGUAAGAAAGCUCCCAACUCUGCCGCUAAGCGCGACGAGAAGACUGUCAACGCCGCUCGAAGAAGCGGCGCCGAUAUUGAAUCCGUCAGAAAAUACAAUGCUGGAACCAACAAGGCGGCUUCAAGCGGCACCUCCUUGAACACGAAGAGGCUUGAUGAUGACACUGAGAACUUAGCUCAUGAACGUGUGCCUACUGAGUUGAAGAAAGCCAUCAUGCAAGCCCGAUGCGAGAAGAAGCUGACCCAGUCCCAACUUGCUCAACUGAUCAACGAGAAGCCGCAAGUGAUCCAAGAAUACGAGUCGGGGAAAGCCAUACCGAACCAGCAGAUCCUUUCUAAGCUGGAGAGGGCACUUGGAGCUAAACUCCGUGGGAAGAAGUAAUAACAAAAGCUCUUUAAAGGUAGAAAAGAAAAGUUAAUCGUGGUUCUCUCUCCAGUUCAUAUGGCUGAAGAAACUUUCUUUAUAUGCCUGCUUUUAAUGCUUAGUAGAGCUCUCUGCAAGUGAUCUUUUAUGGUGUAAGAACGAAACAAAUGCUGUUUGGAACCUUUUGUCAGUAUAAAUAAAAUCCCUUGUGCUCUCUUUGUAUCA